GUAAACAUAUGUGAAAAACCACUUGUAAACGGUGCUGACUCCUUGGAAAGUGGUUAUAGCAAAGUAAGUGAAUUUGUGCAGGAAAACAUUGGUACUGCAAAUGGUAAACAAACGGAUUUGGCGGCAGAUAAACAUAAACACCAUAUUGUGGUUAAUGUGCUGUGCAAUCCGACUCUCACAUCCAAAACAACUGUUGGUGAUCGAGAAAACGGCGCUGAUGAAUGCUGUAAUAAUGUCUGCAGGUGCAGACACAGAACCAGCAGUUCCAGAAGGGACAAAGCAGGGAAAUGAAGAGGAAGCACGUGAAGCAAGUGAUGUUUCCACAGUGGCAACAUCCUCUGAAGAGGAGUAUGAGCCGCCUCUCUUCCGAGCAGCCAGCGAGCAUGAGCUUCCUCCAGAGUUCCGACUUGUACAGAAGCUUGUCAAGAAUAUGAAGUCAUCAAAUCACACAGCCACACUUCUAACUCUUCGCUGUCUUGCUGACCAAGAUCUUAAGGACAAAAUCAUUCAGUCUGCUAUACGAGAAGGGGAAUGUCUGGAACUGCUCAUUAACCUUAUUGAAACAGACAACUUGAACUGCCAGCUUGGGGCUCUUUUAAUUUUAAGCAAAAUAUCAUCUAGUCGCAGCAUAAAAAAGAGUAUUCUAGAUUUUGAAGGAGUGCUGCCACUAGUCAACAUUCUUUCAUGCCCUGCAAGAGAUUUGCAAAUUUUGGCAGCAGAGACAAUCCAGAACAUAGCUAGUAUGAGACAGGUUCGAAAGCUAGUAAGACAAUAUGGAGGCAUUCCUAUUCUGGUUGACUUACUUGACAUCAACCCAACUGCCUUGCAGUUUCCUGUUGAAGCACUGUCGCCUGAAGACGUGAAGCAAGUGGAGGUGGCUCGUAACAGCAUAAAGGCCCUGUGGACACUCUCAGUGUCUAACAGAAACAAAAAAGAAAUGCUGAAAGCAAACUGUGUACCUCUCUUUGCAAAGCUCUUCCGAUCAGUUCAUCCAGAUAUUAUAAUACCCACUGCAGGGAUUCUACAAGAAUGUGCCUUAGAGAAAAGUUACCAGUCAGCAUUCGAGAAUCAUGGGAUGAUAGCUGAUUUUGUUCAGUAUCUUUUUUCUGAAAGUGCAGAACUGAAAAAGCACUCAGCAUCAGCUAUUUUUAGGUGUGCAGAGGGUGACAUUACACGAAAUAUGGUUCGGCUGGCUGAUGGCUUAUACAUUUUAGUCAAGCUUGCCAAAACCAUCAAAGUUCAUCCAGACAGAUUACUUUUAGCUGCUGUGACAGGUGCAAUAUGGAAAUGUGCUCUUAAUUCUGAGAAUGUUCAGCGAUUUGAUGAACUUGAAGCUGUGGAAGUUUUGAUUGCUAUUUUACAAGAUGAAUAUAGAGAGCUACAUAGCUUUUGUCUUGUGACAAGGAAUCCUAUUUGUCGCAAAGAAUGUUUUCUACCAGAAAUUCUUGAGGUGUUGACAAAUGUGAUUGGAGGACUAUCGCAGUUUGCAAAACUUUCUCACAACCGUGAAGCACUUCGUGAAGCACGUGUUGUUCCCUUGCUGGUUGAACUGUUGUUUGAGUCAAAAGAAGACCUGCUUGAAAAUGUUGCUCAUCUACUGGGUGAAUGUGCCAAAGAAAAGGAAUCAAUGGCCAUCAUUGAAGAACUUGAUGGUGUCAGUCUUCUUUGGUCACUGCUUAAAAACCCAUCAACAAAUGUGCAAGCAAAUGCUGCUUGGGCUUUGUGCCCAUGCCUCGAAAAUUCAAAGGAUGCAGGAGAAAUGGUGAAAAGCAUCCCUGGAAGCAUGUUGAUUGCAAUACGUUUACUUCGUACUUCUAAUGAUACAAAUGUUUUGGCUGGUGUAUGUGCUGUCUUGGCCAGGAUAGCACUGGACAAGGAGAACCUGGCUAUUAUCACAGACCAUGGAGUGGCAACUGUACUAGCUAAGCAUGUAACAACAGAAGAAGACAUUUUCCGAGAAAAUCUGGCACAAGCAAUUGCUAAUGUCUCUGCAGUGGAUGCUAACAGAUAUGAAAUUGGCCGGCUCGGGUGUAUCCCUGUGAUUGUCAAUUACUUGGUAUCAAAGAACCAGGCUGUUUGCCGUGCUGCUGCAAAUGCUCUUUUCCAGCUGUCAGCAUAUCCACUUAAUUGUCAAAUUAUGCAGCAGAGUGGAGUUUUACCAUAUCUCAUUGUGAACAUAGAGUGUGCAGAUGAAAAACUACGGGAGGCUUCUGCUGGGUGCAUGGCCAACAUACGGAAAGUUGUAAAAUAAUCUCCAGGAUGCAUAGGUAACAUAUGGAAACUUGUAAAGUAAAGAAUUUCUUGUGUAAGUGUCAAAGUUAUUUCACUUUUGUA